UCAGCCCACUGCUGCCGUGUUGUCCGAGCGGAUCAGAAUGAGGUGCGACCCCCACUCUCUCGCCCAUCGCUGGGCCGCAAACAGGAUGGCGAGCAGCUCGCGGAAGUUGAUGGAGGUGUGGUGGGGUGACAGCAGUGUGAAGUGGGGGGUCAGGAGGGAGGCGUUGAGGCCCGACGCCCUGCAGUCGAGGAUCAGACGGACUUUCGUCUUGGUGUCGCCUGGGUCUCUCUUCUUCUCCACCACCCCAAGCGGAUUGACGAUGAAGGGGCGGUGGGUGCAUGGCUCGACGAAGCCCUUGGUGAUGAGACGCGUGAGUUCCGUCAGCACUGCCUCCCAGAAGUCGAAGAGCGAGUCGUAAUUGCCCCGGUAGAAGGGCUUGAGCGGUCGGAAGAUGAGAAGAUCGACGCCUCUCUCCCAGUCGCUGACGACCGUCUCGUUGACGCCCCACGCCCGGGCUCUGGGUGGCCGCAGGCGGCCGCCUGCCGUCCAGGCUGAGAUGCGGUGUGCCGUGAGUGGUCGCCACGACGACCGGCCUAGCCCUUGAGCGAAGUUUUGGAUGUGCAUGCUGCUUUCCAGUGAUUUCCGAAGCGCAUCGUGCGUGCCGUCUGUGUUGUUGUUUGAGCCCGUGGGUUGCUCAGUCGAUUGGAUGGAGACUGAAGGCACAGUGGACAGGCAGACGAGCCCGCAUUCGUGUCAUUAAAGCACAAAGCAAUUGGUGUCUCGCCCCAUGCAGAGUCUCGCUGACGCACGAACGACUGGCUCGACUGAGCCCUUGGGCAAUGCUACUCAGAGCCUAACAGAUGUCGCUGACUACUGGCCCGUGCGCUGCCUCUUACUCGGCCGCGGGGCGUUCGGGCAGUCUUUGCGCAGAUGGUAGGCCGUGAUGCCCAGUCCCUCGUAGACUCCUCGCAGACGGCGCAGGAGAGGAUGAUCGGCUGCGGGCACCUCGUGACGUGAUGCCCCUUGGCCUCUCGCGGGUCCGUGAUCUUGCCCUGACGUGGGCAAACACACACACACACGCAGCGAUGAGACCAGGCGGUCUUUCUGUGCUGUGGGGCGAGACCAGGUGACGGUCUGCCUGUGCUGUGGUGCCCUGCGUACCUGGAUGUAGUAUUCCAGGCAGUUGUCGCUGAAACAGUCUUGUCCACCGCGCGGGACGAGACUGCCACCGGCUGGUGCACCGGGGGUGCCGCCGGCUGACGUGCCGGUGGGGCAGGGGGGCGCUGCUGGCCCAUGUGAGAGCUGGCCGCUGCCGCGCGAUGGACGAACGCGGGGGCACUGAAGGUCAGACAGGGGAAGACAAAUACGUACACAUACAAUACACACCCUCAUGCACACGUCCAUGCGCACACACCUACACACACACCCCACACACCCCUCCCUCCUUCCCUCUUUCCUUACCGUGUUGCGCCGGGGCCGCUGCUGCUACUGCUACUGCUGCUGCCGAUGGUGCGGGUGCGGGUGAGGGUGGUUGCGCGUGGGUGGGGUAUGUGGGCUGGCGGCUCUGCUGUUGUAGGAUGCUGAUCUGGCUGGCCACCUGCCGCAGCUCGCUGCUCAAUGCCGGGACGGCGCGCGCGACGAGGUAGAGGGGUGGCGGGGGAGCCACGCGCUGGCCAAGGUGCUUGGCCAGGGGCUCGCGCAGAGUGUCGUCGACGCCAGGGAGCUCGAAGUAGCCCUUGCUGCCGUCCCCCCCGCCCAGCACCGGCAUCUUGGCCUCCUGCGCCACAUCCUGCACUGUCUUGACGAAGCGGUGCACCUGCAGGUAGAUCUGGCGGUCCUCUCCCUCGUCUGCCGUCGCCGUGUUGCCCUUCACGGUCAUGAGCGCCGUCCACAGCUGUGCUGAGGUGAUGUCCUUCAGUUGGAUGCGGGUGCUGCCCCCUUUGAUGGUGAGCUGGUCGUCCGCGCCCUUCUCGAACGAGAGAGGCGGAGGGGGGAGCUGGUCGGCGAGGGCGGUCACCAUGCGCUGCGCCAGCUUGCUGUCCUCGGUGAAUGGGGAUUGGAUCUGCUUGGUGAGCUGCCGCUGCGCCGCCUCGGAGGUCCCUAUCCGCUGCUCCAGCCCGCCCAGCCGCCCGCCGAUGGACAGCAUGCCCUGCGUCAUCCGUUGCUUCAAGUCGCCGAGCUCUCUCUCCAACAUCUCCAACCUCUGGUACCGCUCGAUGUCUCCAUCCACCCCUCCGCCCCCUGCGGGUCAUCCUUUUGCAGCAGAUCCACUCAUUCAACUUGUCUUUUGCACGCCCUCGUACGCCCUCACAUACGGCUCGUAUGAAGUGCUCUUCAUUCAGGUGUGGGUAGUUCAGGCGUGCUGCCUUGACCUCUGUGAUGAAGUCAGGAAUGCUCACAUCCGACUUGUCAUCGAAUGGGCGGAGGGUCACUGUUGGUUUGAAUACAUACUGCAUGGCAGUCAUCUGUGCCAGCCCGUUG